AAUGAAAUGUACAUCAACGGAAACUGAAGAAUUUAAUGAAAAACCACAAAACAUUACUGAAAACGAGACAGUGUUAACUGACACAAGUUUACAAGAAGGCAUAUCAAAUAUUGAAUUGAUGAUUGAUACUUAUCAUGAAAAUGUGAAGUUAAAAGAGAUGGAAAAUGGAUCUUAUAUGCACUCUAAUUAUUUAAUGAAAUGUACAUCAACGCAAACUGAAGAAUUUAAUGAAAAACCACAAAAUAUUACUGAAAACGAGACAGUGUUGAUAAACAAACCAGAACUAGAAGUCAUAUCGAAUAUUGAAUUGAGAACUGGCGAUACCGCUUUUUCUACUAAUGGUUCAAACAGGGUUUCAAAUAAAUGGAAAAGUGGUGAUCAUGUUGAAUUUUUAUUUGGAAAAAAUGUCAAUAAUAUUUAUGUGAGAAAAAUAAAAUUAUAUAAAAAAUUUAAAAAUGUUUUGGACCGGCUAAAAGGAGAAAAUAGUGAACAAUACAAACCAAUAGCUGUAAAGACUGGCGAUUUCGUGGCAGUAUAUUCUACAAUGAAUAACGGAGGGAUUUAUAGAGCUAGGGUCUUGAUGCAAGAUUUUGAAAAAACAAAUAACGUCGAAUGUGUCUUAAUUGAUUUUGGGGAAACUUUUAUGAUUCCCUCUAAAAACAUAUUUGCUUUGCCCAACUAUGUUUCAUUAAAAAAAAUACCAACACUAGUUCGUAGAGUUUCUCUUAUUGGUGUACGCAAGAACUCAAAUAUUAAAAUAAACCGAUAUCUAUCUUCAUUGAAAGGAAACACAUAUGUUAUGGAAUACGAUGAAAAUCCUGGACCAUGGGAUAGAAAAGAAGUUGAACUGAAAGAAGUAGAUAGCGGUGUGUCUCUUAAUGAUGAAAUCCAAAAGUUAUUUUAAUUUUAAUAAAUUUAAAAUUAAAUUAAUUAACU